GCAGCGUGUUCGUCCAGGGCAUAUUUCUGGCGGAUCUAGCACGGUGAAAUGUGCUACGGCAGCACCGUAUAAAAGACAGCUGGCAGCGCAGCCGGCCAAGAGACUCGACACUCAAACACGUCUCUACAUCUCUAAUACUGCUCGCAGCCCCAGCACACAGCUCUUACAAUGGCUUUCACCAAGAUCUUCCGCAACUCUGCCCCGGCCACUCCCCGCGGCUCUGCCGAGCUGCUCCGCGGCACCAACCCGAUGGCAGCCUUCGACAAGCUGCGCAAACAGCAGACCGACGCCACCAUGGCCCGCGCCUUCAUCCGCUAA